UAGGCUCCGGCACAAACGAGCAGCUUCCCCUCUCGCCUCCCCGCUCUGCGGCCGUCGGCCGGUCUGCAAGCUCCAUCGCUACCAUGGCGUACGCUCAGAGGCGCAAGCGAUUCGCCGACCGCGCGUCCCCGGCUGCCGUACGUGCGUGCGGGCCGCGGCAGGUUUGUCUUCUUGCCCUCUUGGUCGCUCGAUUUCAAUGCUGCUUUUUGCCGCGCAUAUUCUCCUCAUUUGCAUGCUUGCUUUAUUGCGAGAUGGAUUCGUCCUGGGUUCCUACUAGAGUCCAACAAAGCUCUAGGAUAUCUUGAGGCGUCAUUCGUGUGCUAUCCGUUUCGUAAGAAAAAUAAAAAGUUUGAUACAGAUGUAGGUAUAUUUUCUCAAGAAAAUGUGCUAUACUUAUCUACAUAUAUCAUGUGCCAGAGCCAAAAGGUCCGAGUACGAUCGGAGAGAGAGAGCUUUCACGCAUACUGACAAGUUUAAGUUCAACACAGAGACCAUCAGUUGGGCCUAGAAAUUCAGCAGCCAAACCCGUAAAAUAACUGCAUCAAUAUCCAAUAAAACCCCUACCACCAUCCCCCUCUCGAUCAAGCUCACCCCGUCCUCCCAAGUAAGCAAACAAGCACCAUGGCCCGUGCAGCUUCGGCGUCCAUCGCCUUCAACGGACUGUGCGUCGGGAUCAGCGUCGCUGCAUUAUUCUCCUUCUUCCUCAGCCAAUCGGCGCCGGAUGCCAUCGACGGUGCUCCAGUUGCACGGCUCGACCUCGACGCCGCUGCUCAAGUGAUGCUACUGGUGGCUGCGGUCGCCACCUUCUUCACUGCCGUCACGUUCAUCUACGUCCACCUCAACAACGGCGGCGGUGGCGGCCGAGGCGCCGGUGUCGGCGACCGGCGGUUCCCGGAGGUGAUGUUCUUCAUCCUAUGCGCGUCGAUGCGUCUCCUAGAUAUUUUCUUGUUCCUACAACCAGGAGCAAUGGACGGCGUCGCUCAAGCUCAACUAUUGUUCGGCAUGGCCGCGGUCCAUGUGUUGCCACCUGCUGCUACGGCGACUUUCUUCCUAGCCAUGGCGCUCAUCUAUGUGAACGUCCUCACCGCCGGCAGCGACAGCGCCACAGCUGUGAACGAGCAGAACCCGGCGGUCGUGGAGCUCCUCACCAUGAUGACGCUUAGCGCGACACUUGUCACGGUCAUGCUUAGUUUGGGCAUCAUCACCCUCGCCUUCGACACCAAGUGAACUGCCCGACACUUCUACUAGUACAUGCUAAAUUGCUAAUGCUCCGAGCUCACAGCCGCCGGUUGGGUAAGAGACAUUGUUGAUUUUGCUGCAAUAAUGCAAUGAAAUAAUGAGAAGAGAGUCUUCUGUAGUGGAGCAUCCUUCUUCUAAAGACGACGGACAAGGUGAAGCUGGACAGAUUGACGGUAAAGGUGCUGUUAUGGGCUAAGAACUUCAAAGCGUCUGAAUGUAAUCUUUCGGAUGUUGGGUACCUGUAGUUUUUCUCUUUUGUCUGUCUGUGUUGCUAUAUGUUAAACUGGUUUCCCCAGUUAAUACUGUCGGAUGUAUUCUGUGUCGCUUUCAAUAAAAACGGAGCUGUUGCCUUUUGUCUUGAA